UUUAAGCUUACUUUUUGUCUUUCCUGGCUAAACAGAAAGAUGUCGGAGGCUGCUCCAGUUGUUCCUGCUGUUCCCGCACCUACAGAGAAAACACCUGUUAAGAAGAAGACGAAGAAAACGGGCGCAGCUGCUGGAAAACGCAAAGCGUCCGGGCCCCCGGUGUCCGAGCUCAUCACCAAGGCUGUCGCCGCCUCCAAGGAGCGCAGCGGCGUGUCCUUGGCCGCGCUGAAGAAAGCGCUGGCGGUCGCUGGUUAUGACGUGGAGAAGAACAACAGCCGCAUCAAGCUGGGUCUUAAGAACUUGGUGAGCAAGGGCACUCUGGUGCAGACAAAGGGCACUGGCGCCUCAGGUUCUUUCAAGUUCAACAAAAAGGCGGCCACCGGGGAAACCAAGCCCAAGGCUAAGAAGGCGGGCGCGGCCAAGCCCAAGAAGGCUGCUGGGGCAGCUAAGAAGCCCAAGAAGGCCACGGGCGCGGCCACCCCCAAGAAGGCCGCUAAGAAGACCCCCAAGAAAGCCAAGAAACCGGGGGUAGCUGCUGGGGCUAAGAAAGUGGCCAAGAGCCCGAAAAAGGCGAAGGCAGCGAAGCCGAAGAAGGCGGCUAAGAGUCCGGCCAAGGCCAAAGCCCCCAAAGCCAAGGCAGCCAAGCCUAAAGCUGCCAAACCCAAAGCUACAAAGGCUAAGAAGGCGGCCUCCAAGAAGAAGUAAAUCGGUAACGGGACGUCCUACUUUGAAAAUCUCAAAGGCUCUUUUCAGAGCCACCCACUACUUUCAGAUAAAAGAGCUUAGCCGGAUAUGUUUCUGUAGGUAAACCAACAAGUGUUUUGUAAAGGUAAUUCUUUUUUAAACUUAAAUCAGUUUUUUUAAACUUGCCGCCCUAACGUGAUUGGCUAUGCGUCAGGGUGCGCGCGCACCACCACGUUCAGAACUCUCCGAAUGUUGUGAUCACAGUCCUCUAAUGAGAGUUUAGUGGCUCUCAAAAGAGCCUUUGCGGCAGAUUCACUUGCCCCUUUGCCCUGUGGUGGCUCUCGGUCUUCUUAGGCAGCAGCAGGGCCUGGAUGUUGGGCAGGACGCCGCCCUGAGCGAUGGUGACUUCGCCCAGCAGCUUGUUGAGCUCCUCGUCGUAGCGGAUGGCCAGCUGCCGGUGACGCGGGAUGAUGCGCGUCUUCUUGUCGCGGCCCCCGUUGCCCGCCAGCUCCAGGAUCUCGGCCGUCAGGUGCUCCAGCACCGCCGCCAGGUACACCGGCGCGCCGUCCCCGACCCGCUCGGCAUAGUUACCCUUGCGAAGCAGGCCGUGGACUCGGCCCACGGGGAACUGGAGCCCGCCCCGCGAAGAGCGGGUCUUGGCCUUUGCUCGCGCUUUGCCGCCCUCUUUUCCUCGUCCAGACAUGUUAGGAAAGAAAUAGUGCAGCUUCAGGAAGGGGUUAUUAUAGUCUCUGGAUGUUUCUAAAAUUUCCAUUCCCAUUGGUUUGCAGAGGCUAUUGAGAGAGUUAGCCAAUCAGAAUGCACUGCUGGAGUUACUUGCAUGGGCUCCAGGAGAAAAUACUGCACCAAUUAGAGGCUGUGAUAUUAAGACUUGUAUAGAUACAUACUUUGAAGCAGUUGAAAAGCUUGGAUUUUUCCGCUUGAUGAAUGUAGUCCUAUUUGGGGGGAGUAUUCAUGCUAUUGUUAUUCUGCCUAAAUCUGCAUAAUUGUUGCUACCACCCUGACACCAAGGGAUAGAAAAAAGUAAGCUACCCCUGGCGGUUUAUAAUUUACCCUUUUCUUUGCCAGAUUUUUUCCCCCCUCAGAUGUUGACAAGACCCAGGCAGCUGGGUUGGUGGUCUAAUAUAUUUUGGUGAAUAGGCAACAAACAGGGAGGCAGAAACAAAUAAAAACCGUUGAUAAAGGGAACGAGAUUGCUUAGAGAGCUCCUGGAGCUGGAGUAACCAGGGCAAAAUAAAUGGCUCUAGGAAGAUGGGUUAACCUGAUAUUACAUCAUUUCCCCUUCAUCCCUGGUUUUUUUUUUUUUUUGUUGUUGUUGUUGUUAUUUUAAUUUCUGGGGAAGGCCACUCGAUUUUACUGGCAAAUCUUGACCAAAAUCUGAGUUCUGCAGACCUUUAGGGGCUUGUAAACAUGGAUGAGGAAAAAUUACAUCUUUAUUUUACCAAACUCUAAAUGCAGCUAAGCAUUUCCUUCAAGUAUAUCUGUAGGCAGCUAAUCACAAUGGAUUUUGCAGUGCCUCUGACUUUUUCAACAGUGGCCAUCACAGAUGUUUUUGGAUCACUUUGAAGAUAUUGCACAUAUCUUGAAAUAAAAUUUACAUCAUUCUGA